AUGUUUCAGGUGGAUUCAACUGAAGCCAAUGCCGAUGGUAGCGGAAAUUCAACCAAACCACAUCUAACUGGUAUUCCCCAAAUAGAUUACAUAUACGAUCCAAAUUUGCCAAAAGAAUUGAAUGGUUAUAACCUAUCUGAUUAUCCAUUUUACGAAAGGGUUCCAGAAAAUAUUACAUUUAAGUGCGAUGGACUGCACGAUGGAUUUUAUGCCAGCGUGCCACACAAAUGUCAGGUAUAUCAUCACUGCCUAUAUGGGACCAGAUACGAUUUCUUAUGUGCCAAUUAUACAGCUUUUGACCAGAAGACGUUCAUAUGCCACUUCGCUUCUGAGGUCGACUGCAGUAACUCGAAAAGAUUUUGGCACAGGAAUGAUGCCCUAUAUAAAGCAGACAGUACAACCACCAGUAGACCACUGGUUAUACCUACCACACCCGCCCCUCCAGUUCCACCUCCCCCAGUACCAGUAGCAACCGCCGCUAUACCAUCAGGUCCAGGGACUGGACCGCGAAGAGGUGUAGGACGUCCUUAUCGAAGAAGACGUCCGUAUUAUGAUUACUACGAAGACUACUACGAUGACUUUUAUUACGAUGAUAGGCCCAGAUCUCGCGGACGAAAGAGACCUAGACCUCGACCAAGACCUCUUUAUGACGAUGAAUACGAAGAUGAAUAUGAUGAUGACAGAUAUGAAAGGAGAGGCAAUAGUGGUCGAAGAAAUGAAAACAGAAGACCGUAUAAUAGACGACCUAAUAGAGGACGUAUUAAGGAGAGGCCUAAAUACGAUUAUGAUGACGAAGAGGAAGAUCGAUUUGACGACGAAGAGGAUGUUAAUAGUAAUAUAUAA